GUCGCAAACCCAUAACAACGGAGCUCGACAAGCCAGUAGCAAAGACAACAACGAAAGCAAAUACGAAAUGCCAUAAUCAGUGCAAAUUAUGGAUGAGAGGCGAGACCUUCGCAAGUUUCCCCGUGGGGAGAGAUGUCCAGAAUGUGGUGCUCGAAGAUGGUAUUUGGAGAAUGGUCUGCGCUUCUGCUCCAACGGACAUCAGGUUGAGGGAUUUAUUCAAUUCGACAUUGGUGAUGAUGUCGAUGCUGGUCAGCUUGGUAAAAAGACAAAGAAAGACAAGGAGGUUAAGGAAAAAGAGCUGCGACAUCUCACAGGGCAAGCAGGCAAGAAUCUGUUUCUCGAAUGUUUACAGCUAGUGUUGAGGCAACAGCUCCUUUGGCUCGUUCAGAGCGAAGGUCAUCGAGAAGAGCUUGAGACUGUCGUGCGCGAUCUGUGGGAUCUUCGUAUUCGAGGCUCCGGGGCACUCCUAGCUGAGGAGGAAACACAACAAACGGGUGAUGGCCUUGCGAUAUUCAGUUCGCAGCCUACAGGCACAGAAAAUGAUGAUACGCCGAAGAAGCAGGGCGCAAGAGCUCGUAGCUGGAAUCCAGAGGACAACCCAGAUUGGCCUGUGCCGAGAAUGAUUGAAACCCUGGCCUUGUGCUAUCUCGGAUGCUUGUUGCUCAGGAUACCUACCACGAUUGGGGAGCUGUGUGUCUGGGCCAAUUCUGGGCGAAUACCUUAUAAACGUUCAUUCUACGAUCUUCCCGAAGAAAUGCAAGAUCGAUUACCAUCUGCUUACACCAGAGCCCUCAAACUACCCCUGCGCUCAUCUCUUAGGGGCAUCGACCUGCACAAUGCUGUGCUGGAUCUCGCUCUCUCAUAUCAUCACAACUAUGGAAUGGUAUUCCCCGCUAUCAAUGAUACGCCAACUAUUGUGCACUUUGCCAGGCAGCUCACUUUACCAGUGGAAACGCUCAUCACAGCAAGAAGCAUACUAUCGGUUAUGAAGUUCUCUUUUCAGUUACCCAUUGAGCAGUCACGACGAUUUCAUAUAGACUAUCCCGAGAUCUUGCUCAUGUCGGCUAUCGUGGUUGCAGCAAAGCUGUGCUUUCCAUUAGGACAACACGCCCCUUUUCUUCGCGCCGCUGGCAGAGAGCAGAGUAUCGGGUUCGAUUGGACAACAUGGUACAAGGGCGUCCAAGAAUUAAUAGAGGCAUCUCAAACAUCUGAGAAGGAGCCCAGCUUCGAUCAAGUUACGGCUGACAAAGUUACUUCAAUGACGACCGAGGAGCUUGACCGGUACUUUGCUCAUAUUGCGAGCACGAUCGACAGGAAGAAUGAUUCGGAAAUCACCAGGUUCUUUCCAUCAGAGAACGCAGCUCCUCCAGAAGCUCCUCCACGAGAAAACACUGAACAAGAUAAUGACCACAAGAUGCAGAAGAUCCUUGGCCAAGCAAUUACAGUAAGAGGAGAGGAGGGGUCAGAACAAGACGGGGAAACUCUAGCAGAACCAAGUUAUGAAGCGUUCCGUUCGGUUGAGGACCUUACAGAGACAGCGCAGGCGUUGUAUAAAGCUGCUGGUCACAUAUCAGGUCUGUCGCUUGAUGAAAUAGUGCAAGCAGUUUACAUGUUGGAGCAGAAGAUGAUCUAUUGGCAAUUGAAGAGACGCCGAGAAGAAGAGCGAGAAGAGGAGGAGGAGGAGGAGGAGGAGGAGGAAGGGGAAGAAUGCAGAUGUAAGCUCGAGCCCGCCGAUUCCGAAAAAUCGACAAAAAUCACCUCUUUCCGUUGUGUACUAACAGGACCGUCCAGUUUCGUGAAGACCCUGACGGGCAAGACCAUCACCCUCGAGGUCGAGUCCUCGGACACCAUCGACAAUGUCAAGUCCAAGAUCCAGGACAAGGAGGGCAUUCCCCCGGACCAACAGCGACUGAUCUUCGCUGGUAAGCAGCUCGAGGAUGGCCGAACUCUCUCCGACUACAACAUCCAGAAGGAGUCCACCCUUCACCUCGUCCUCCGUCUCCGUGGUGGUAUCAUUGAGCCCUCGCUCAAGGCCCUUGCCUCCAAGUUCAACUGCGACAAGAUGAUCUGCCGCAAGUGCUACGCUCGUCUCCCUCCCCGUGCCACCAACUGCCGCAAGCGCAAGUGUGGACACACCAACCAGCUCCGACCCAAGAAGAAGCUCAAAUAAACGAAUACUCCAUGGAUGUGGCGUCUGGGAUUUGGCAUUUGGGGGUCGAUGGCAAGGACAGAGGAGAGCUUCUUUUCUUUUGUUCACACGAGGCUGGUUGUUUUUACAUUAGCAUGUGCAGCUCAGGCAAUACAUUCUAGAUGAUGCCCAUAUUGACGAUGUGCCGUGCCGCGAGGUGUUCCGGCCAGACCCCUUCAAAAGAAAUAAAAGCAUUCACGCUUCGAGAUGGUUUUGUGCAUGGAAAUGAGUGACUGUGGGUAAUCUUGGGGAAUGGGAAAGAAGGCCCAGCUGUGAGGAUGACGAUAAAACUCAUAGCUUACAGAGCUCCUGACAAUUGAUUUGAUUCUCAA